GUCGUCCAUCUCGAGAACUUGCAUAAUCCCAGGCUGUUCUCCCUCCUUCGAGGUUACGCUCUUUCCGGUUAGCAUUCUUGCCAAGAUGCCCUCCGUAACUUUAAAGGACGUGGAUCAGCAAAAAUUUGUGAAGGCUUUCGCAGCUUUCCUCAAAAAGACUGGCAAAAUGCGUGUGCCAGAAUGGGUAGAUAUUGUAAAAACAGCCAAAUUCAAGGAACUGGCUCCUUACGAUCCUGAUUGGUAUUACAUCAGAUGCGCAGCCCUGGUGCGUCACAUUUAUAUUCGUAGCCCAAUUGGAGUCGGUGCUGUUACAAAGAUCUUUGGUGGACGUAAACGCAAUGGCACCCAUCCCAGCCACUUUUGCCGAUCAGCAGGUGGUGUUGCACGCAAGGCACUCCAAAGCCUGGAGCAGCUGAAGCUGAUCGAGAAGGCACCUGUUGGAGGACGUAAACUGACUAGUCAGGGACGCAGGGAUUUGGAUCGGAUAGCUGCACAGGUUAAAGCUAAGAGCAAGAAACAGCUCAAGCUUCAAGAAAUUGUACUUUAAUAUCGCUUCAUGUUUUUAUAAUAAAAUAGAAAACAUGUAAA